UAUCAAAUUCCACCUUACACUGAUACAAAAAUGGCGAACCCCCAAUUUGAAAACCAUGGAAGCCAAGCAGAAGUUGGAACAUUGCUUUCUCUUUAGGCAUGAAUGAAAUGUAUAUGAAUCUAUGAUCAACCCAGAUUUUCGAUUCCUGAUUUUCGAUUCCAGUGAGCCCGCCUAGGGUUCGUUCUUCUUCCUCCUCUGAUUCUUCAUCCACUGGACGGAAAUCAAUCCAAUUCGCUCCAAUGGGAAGGAGUUUAUCGAGGUCUCCAUCGUACAGUCACCGGGGAAAUUCCUACCGCCAUAGCCGGAGAAGCAGAAGGGACCGAAGCCCUUCCCCAUAUUAUUCCAAUUCCCAUUCCAGGAGAAGAAGCCGUUCGCGUUCCCUCCGCCGCCGUCGGAGUCGUUCGCCGUCGUACCGGCGUCGUAGGACUCGCUCUCCCACUCCACGCAGACGCCGGCGCCACCGAAGUCGGACUUCCUCGUCUUCCCCUUCCCCUUCUCCCAAAUCACGAAGCUCUAGUCCGAGCCAUGCUUCCACUGAACGGAAAAAUGCGAUUGAGAAGCUCAAGAAAGAGGAAGAAGAGAAGAAGAGGUACGAGGCAGAGUUGAGAAAGUUAGAAGAAGAUGCAGCUAUGAGGAUGGAGGAAAAGAUUCGGAAGAAUGUUGAAGAAAGGUUGAACUCUGAAGAGACUAAAUURGAAAUACAGAGGCGGAUAGAGGAAGGUCGCAAGAAGUUGUUUGAUGAUGUUGAUCGGCAACUUGAAAAAGAGAAAGAAGCCGCCCUUACYGCUGCAAGACAGAAAGAAGAACAAGCUCGAAAAGAGAGAGAAGAGCUUGAUAGAAUGCUAGAAGAGAAUAGGAGAAGAGUAGAAGAAGCUCAGCGACGAGAAGCUCUGGAGCUGCAGCGGAAGGAGGAAGAACGAUACCGUGAGCUCGAGCUGAUCCAAAGACAAAAGGAGGAGGCUGCUCGGAGGAAAAAGCUUGAAUAGGGAGAAGAAAAUGUAGAUGGCAAAAUAGGGAGAGGGAAUGUAGAUGAGAAUAGGCUGAAGAAGAAGUAGAUGAAAUGUGGUGCAUCCUUAUUUUCUUGAACCUCAAGCUGAUGAUUAUGGGUUAAAGUAAUUGAUUUUUUUUUUCUUUUUUAAAUGUUUGUUUCGUUGUUGUCCAUGUCCUAUUGAAUGGGUGACACAUAAAUUUUGGAUUUUAUUUUUAAGUUCGGUUGGGCAGGAGAUUGAACUGAUUGAACUUUCAA